AUGAGACCGGCGGGACCAGCGAAGAGUACCAAGAGUACCAGUGGGGGUGAAAAGGGAAAGAAGAUGGCUGCACAUGAUAGGAAGCGGCAGGACAGACCUUUCCAAGUGAUUUCGAGUGCAACUUGUGAAGGAGAGUGGGAGAUGGGUGCAAAUGAAGACAACAUGCUUGGUUUCGUCACGAUGCCACCUGUCAACUCACAGCCAGGCUCACAGAAUUCAUCAACCGUGCCAUCUUGCCAACCCUCUCGUCAGCCAUCUCGUCAACCUUCAGUUGAAUUCAAUCCUCUCCCGAAGAAAGGACCUCAACAGCUGCCUUGUUCUGGAUCUUGGUCAGCCUCACAUACAGGUACACCUGCUGGGUCUCGAGCCCAUUCACCAAAUCCUGCUCCAUCUCAGCCUCAAGAACCCAGAAAGAGAGCCGGCCAGAGGGCUGGAACAACUGCCAAGGACUAUUCAGAUUUUGUGAAGAGUAAUUGGUCCAGUCUUGUCCUCCUGACGGCGAAGCAUGCAAUGUUUGCUUCUGAUCAACCUAUAUCAAAUUUCUGUCGAGAUGACAUCCUCCUCAAUACCAUUCAGGAGGUCAUCAUGAAGACUUGCCCAGAAACCAAUUUUUCUAUUCAGGAGCUAGAAUCAAGGCUCACACAAGCCACACCUGUUCCUGGGGACGUAUCCUCACUUUCUUCUUUGCAUGAUGAACGAAUUCUGGCCGUUGGAGUUGGGAAAACGGUUUGGUUCUGGCAGGUUGCAGGCAAGCAAAUACUAGACUAUACAGUUGUUGUGGCCUAA